AUGGAGAACCACUGGAACCAGUUCAGGCUGGUCCUCUGGAAGCACGUGUACAUGAACCGCAUCCGACGGCACUGGGCGGGCACGCUGCUCCAGGUGCUCGCGAUGGUGGUCCUGCAGUACGGCGUCUGGGAGGAGUCGGUGGCCCCGUUCGCCGCCAGCCCCAACAAGGAGCGAUCCUUCGACAUGACCAAGCCCACGGACCUCUGGGGGCAGCGCAAUGGGUCGACGCCCAGAGGACGCCUCGCCUUCUCGCCUCCCUCGAACCCUUUCGGCGAAGUCGUUCGGAGGGCCUGCGACCGGCUGGGCGACUUGGAUCCCGUGCCUCUGGCGAACUCGACGGCGUUGGACGCGUACCUCCGGAGACGGGAGAACGGCACCCGCUUGCUGCUGGGUGUCCAGUUCGAAGCGCGUGACAACGACACCAACGGCAGCAGCAGCAGCCUGUCGUACGCGGUGCGAGCCCCCUUCGGCACCUUCGACCUCCAGCUCCAGUACAAACGCCAUCUCCUCAUCCCCGGCCCCAGGGACAUCGGCAGAUUCGGAGAGAUGAGAACUCUGGAUUUUAGUCCGGGUUUGUGUAUCUGGUGGAGGGACGUUGGAGCAAGUGUCUGUUCUCUGCAGGUGGAGCUGCAGAGGCUCCCGUACCCUCGGCUCUUUUACGGUUCCCGGAAGUCCGAAGAACAAACCCUCAGCCUGACGGCGCUGAGGUUCGCCAUCGGCUUCUUCGUUCCCUUCGGCGUCGUUGUGGUCACCCUGGUCAGAGAGAAGCGCUCCGGGAUGAAGGGGAUGCUGCGGCGGGCGGGACUUGGCGACGGCUUCUACUGGUUGGGCCACUUGGCCGAGGGCGUGUUCGUGGUGGCCCUGUCCCUGACCGUGAUGUACGUGAUGCUCUUCGGCAUCUACAACCAGAGGGGCACCACGUUCCUCUUCUACGCCGACAGCACGCUGGUCAUUGCCGUGCUCAUGCUGUUCGGCCUGCUCACCAUCCUGCACGCUAUGCUGCUCUCCGUCUUCCUUUGGAACGUCUGCGUCUCGUUUGCCGCGGCCGUUGUGUACUGGACCUUGCUGUCCCUGGCACCCUACCUGUGGCUCCAGCAAGUUUUCGGUGUCGGCUACUAUCUGGUGCCUAGGGGCCGCAAGAUGGCCACCAGCCUCUCUCCCGUCAUGUUCUUGCACUGGUGCUUUCGGGUCAUCGAGCGCUUCGAGAAGUACGGUGUAUCCAUAUCAUGGAAGCACUUCUUCGACAAGAGCACCACGAUGGACAAUGUGAGUGUGGGCGAGCUGGUGCUGAUCAGUCUCAACGCUUGCAUGGUCCUCUUUUUCUUCGUCUGGUAUCUGGACAACGUCGCUCCCUGGAAUUAUGGCGUACCCAAGAGUUUCUACUUCCUAUUAUCGGUGGAUUACUGGUUCCCAUACCGCAAGUGGAACAUCCGUAAUGAGAUGCAGACUACCGAUCCCAACAUUUACGAACAAGAUCCCAAAGCAUCGGAGCCCAUCAUUCAUAUUAUCAAUGUGUCCAAGGAGACGACAAAUUCUUCGUACCCACUGGACAGAGUGAACUUGACCGUCUUCAACAAUCAGAUCACAGUGUUCCUUGGUCCGGAGAACAGCGGACAUAAGACCUUGCUCAAGAUCAUCACUGGAACGGCCGUACCAAGUUCCGGCAACGUCUACAUCUGCAACUUCGACGUGGUCAACAAUCCGAGCAAGUGCUGGGAGUUCUUCAGCUACUGUUCCUCCGAGAUCAUCCUGUUCAGCGACCUGACCGUGAAAGAACACUUGCUGUUCUUCGCCAGCCUGCGAAAGCUAGACGGGGAGGAGGCGGAGGAGGCGGUCGAGACCGUCAUGCGCCAUCUGCACCUGGUGAACUGCAAAGACGAGCUGGUUGCCGAAUUGUGCCAGAAGACCCAGCGCAUGCUGUGCCUGGCCAUUGCCACCUGCACCGUCAAUCAGAAUUAG